AUGGAACAAUCCGACGAAACCGGUAUCAGAAUCUACACCCCAUCUCCACAACUCAACCAAGAUCCACCACCACCGCCCUCCUCCGCCUUAUCUCCACCACACGCCGGCCGACGUAAGAAACUCCAGCGAACACUCUCAAAAGGCGUUCAAAAAACCCUCUCCAAAACCUCCCUCCUCGUAAACUUCCUCCCCACCGGAACCCUCCUCACUUUCGAAAUGGUCCUCCCUUCCAUCUACGGCAACUCCCAAUGCUCCGCCGUCGCCACCCUCAUGAUCAACCUCCUCCUCACCAUCUGCACUCUCUCCUGCUUUUUCUUCCACUUCACCGACAGUUUCCGUUCCCCAGACGGAAAAAUCCACUACGGGUUCAUAACGCCGUCAGGGUUAAAAGUCUUCAAACCAAAUCCAAACAUCGAAGUCCCAAAAGACGACAGAUACAAAAUCGGGUUAUCUGAUUUUAUCCACGCCAUGAUGUCAUCCAUGGUUUUCAUGUCAAUCGCACUUUCCGAUCAUCGUGUAACAGAUUGUCUGUUUCCGGGACAUGCAAAGGAAAUGGAUGAAGUUAUGCAAAGCUUUCCGUUAAUGAUCGGCAUCGUUUGUAGCGGUUUGUUUCUCGUGUUUCCAAAUACCCGUUAUGGGAUUGGCUGUCUUUCUGCCUAA